AUGCCUUCAGAGGAUGCAAAACCCGUGAAGAAAGAAGUGGUAGUAAAAAAAGGAGAAGAGGAAGAGAAGAGCUUGAAUGCCAUACUUCAAGCCCGGAAAAAGAACCCAACAAAUGCUGGUACUUUAACCACAAAAUCGGGGUCCAAAGCUACCAAAGUCAAGAAAGAAGAGCCACGAGAUGAUGAUUUUGUUGAACCCGUUAAAGAAGAGGGCAAGGGCAAGGGCUCUUCAGGUUCUGGUUCCAAACCAGUAGCUAAAGUUAAGAAAGAAGAAGCCAAUGGCGAUGAUGAUCAUAAACCCAUCUUGAAAAAGACCUCUACUUCUAAAACUGAUAAGAAGAAUGGACUUUUUCGGUUAAUGGGUGUGAUUUUGUUUUAUUUUGCGGGUUGGUUUGAGAUGAAGGAAUUGAACAAGAAGAAAGUUAAAAAAGAGGAAGUUAUUAAGAAGACAAAGGGGUCUGUCACAGCUGCACAGAUUGUGAAGAAGAGGGAGAAGAAGGUUUAUGAAUUUCCUGGACAGAAGAGAGAUCCUCCUGAUGAGAGAGAUCCAUUGAGGAUAUUUUACGAGACACUGUAUGAGCAGGUCCCUGAAAGUGAAAUGGCACAAUUCUGGUUGAUGGAAUCUGGUUUGCUCCCUUUGGGGGUGGCCAAGAAAGUUAACGAGAUGAAACAGAAAAGGAACAAGUUCGCCUCGCCGGUGAAAGCAAUUAGUGUCACAAAGAAGACUCAAUCUGCAACUGUUAAAAAAAAGACACCACCUUCUGCAGUAUCUUCAACUCAACCGAAGACAACUGUCUCCAAAGUUGCAUCGAAACAGCCUAAGAAGCGCAAGGCUGAAGAUGAAAGCUCCGAAGAUGAUUCUGACGAGGACUUCUUAAUUAAUAGGAAAAUCGCAAAGAAACAGAAAACAUCUUAA